AUGCCGCUUGCAGUGGGUGGUCCUGUAGGUUACACUCCUCCAGAUGGUGGCUGGGGUUGGGCAGUGGUGGUUGGUGCCUUCAUCUCUAUUGGUUUCUCCUAUGCAUUCCCAAAGUCCAUCACUGUGUUCUUCAAAGAGAUUGAAGUGAUCUUUCAUGCCACCAGUAGCCAAGUCUCCUGGAUCUCAUCAAUCAUGCUAGCUGUCAUGUAUGGAGGAGGUCCAGUCAGCAGUAUUCUGGUGAAUAAGUAUGGCAGUCGUCCAAUAAUGAUGGCAGGGGGUUGCCUGUCAGGAGUUGGACUCAUUGCUGCAUCUUUCUGCAAUACAGUGGAGGGCUUGUAUUUCUUUGUGGGUGUCAUAGGAGGUUUGGGACUCGCGUUCAAUCUCAACCCAGCCCUUACUAUGAUUGGCAAAUAUUUCUACAAAAGGAGGCCCAUUGCAAAUGGCAUUGCCAUGGCCGGUAGCCCUGUGUUUCUAUCCACUUUAGCUCCUUUGAACAGUUGGCUUUAUGACCAGUUUGGUUGGAGGGGUAGCUUCCUAAUCCUGGGUGGGCUCCUGCUCAACUGUUGCAUAGCUGGAUCUCUCAUGAGGCCUAUUGGACCAAAACCCAAACCUGCAGUCAAUGAGGUUAGUGCUGAUGUAAAGAAGAAGACAGUGUUGCAGCUUAUCAACAGUUUCAUUGAUCUGUCUCUCUUCAAACACCGUGGAUUCCUCCUGUACCUCGCAGGCAAUAUUGUCAUGUUCUUUGGCCUUUUCACCCCACUAGUAUUCCUCAGUAAUUUUGCCAAAAGUAGGGCUAUACCAAAGGAGAAAGCAGCUUUUUUACUUUCUGUGCUGGCCUUUGUGGACAUGGUAGUGCGGCCAUCCAUGGGAACAGUGGCCAAUACCAAGUGGGUACGACCGAGGAUACAGUAUUUCUUUGCAGCCUCAGUUCUGUUUAAUGGUGUGUGCCAUGUCCUUGCACCUCUUUCAGUUGAUUAUCUAGGGUUUGUUAUCUAUUCAGUCUUCUUUGGGUUUGGGUUUGGGUGGCUGAGCUGUAUACUGUUUGAGACCCUGAUGGAUUUGGUGGGAGCCCAGCGCUUCUCCAGUGCUGUGGGCCUGGUCACCAUUGUGGAGUGUGGACCAGUGUUAAUUAGCCCUCCAGUGCUGGGAAAAUUUAAUGACAUCUACCAUGACUACAAGUUCACUUACAUAACCAGUGGAAUAUUCCUAAUAGUUGCAAGCAUGUUUCUUUUUAUCUGCAUGGGCAUUAACUACAGACUACUGGAUAAGGAAGCAAAGGAGGAAGCAAGAAAAUCUAAGCUAAAAGGAAAAGAGGAAGAAUCCACCACAGACAUUGCACACAAGGAGACAGCUGCUGUAAACAGAGAUGCUAAAACAGCUGAAGACACUGUGUGA